AUGCUGGAUUUGGCUGUGUCGUCUUGGACAGGAUUGUUGAUGAUAUUUGCCUGCAUUAAUUUUGUGCUCUUAAUUAGUAGACAAGGAAAGGUGAGGCUGACCAAAUGGUAUUCUCCGUAUUCACAGAAGGAAAGAACCAAGGUUAUCCGUGAACUCAGUGGAGUAAUUCUCACAAGAGGUCCAAAGCUCUGUAACUUUGUUGAGUGGAGAGGAUACAAAGUAGUAUACAGAAGGUAUGCCAGCCUUUAUUUUUGCAUGUGCAUUGAUCCGGAAGACAAUGAAUUGGAGGUUCUGGAAAUAAUUCAUCAUUUUGUUGAGAUUUUGGACCGUUAUUUUGGAAGUGUCUGUGAGUUGGAUUUGAUUUUCAAUUUCCACAAGGCAUACUAUGUACUGGAUGAAAUUCUGAUUGCUGGUGAACUUCAAGAGUCAAGCAAGAAAACGGUAGCAAGACUUAUAGCUUCCCAGGAUUCAUUGGUGGAAACUGCCAAGGAGCAAGCUAGUUCGAUAAGCAAUAUGAUCGCCCAAGCUACCAAAUAAAACCGUAUGGUUUCUGAUUGAUCCAUGUGUUGUUCUAGAGACAAAGUUCAUGGGAAAAUAUCAUGUUACAUUGUGAAUCAUUCUUUUUAUGCAAUGUUGUUACACCUGCAACAAUAUGAAUACCCAUACUCGUGUGAUAUCACUCUAUGCAACCUUUUGUUUUCAUUUCAAUCUUUUCAAAUUGAUUGUUCAAUAGGUGAAUUUAGCUCUCUA